AGUUGGAACAUGACAUAUUACAAACCAAAAUAAGUAUUAAAUACGUUUUUGGGAUAAUUAAUAUUUAAAUUUGAUUUUCUGGUGCAAAAUGGCUGAUGAUAUUGAUAUAGAAGAGCAUGAUGUAAUGGAAAAUCCAAUAAUAAAACAGAUUUUUCCAGAUUUAUCCAAACUUAAAAAAGAAAUAUUGGAUUAUGAAAAUGAUAUUCAACAUGAAUUAAAUAGCAUAAAAAAAUCUUCCGAAAAUGAUUUGCAUAGAAAUAUAAAUAGGAAUAAAGUAGUCACAGGGAUUAUUUCGAAAACAAGAGGAACAAAACCAAACAAGAUUAUUUCACCUAAAUUAAAAAUGCAAUUAGUAUCAGAUAUUAAAAUAAAUUUAAUAAAUAUUAAGCCUGAACUAUUAAAAAGUAAAAAAUUCUGUCAAUCAUGUCUAAUUUAUUUUUCUAAUACAGAAGGUCUUAGUAAUCAUCAAUUGUCGUGUCAAAAUGAUAUAAAUGUUAGAAAAGAUACAUCACAUAAACAAGUUAAAAAUGUAAAUUGUAGCAUUGAACAUAAUUUAGGGCAUUAUGAAAACAACUCUAAUUUUGUAAAUAAUAUAAAUGAAGCUGAACUUAAAAAACACAGUAAGAUUAAUGAAGUGGAUGUAACUGUUAAAAUCAAGGACCUUGAAGAUAAAACUAAUGGUAGCAAAUUAGCGACUGCAUGUUUUCACUGUAGUGUUAUAUUUCCAUCUCGGCAAUCUUUAAUAGAUCAUUUGUAUGAAAUAUUAAAUAAUAAGAACAGUAAAUUACAAAACAUACAAUACAGAAAUGAAAGAGAUGUUAUUAAGAAAAAUUAUGAAUUGUUAAAAAGUGAAAAAGUUAAAAAAAAAAUGAAUAUUCAAGGUAAAGAAGACGAUAUACAAACGAGUGAUUUAUUUUGUUGUCCAAUCUGUACAUAUUAUUUUAAUGUAAAAAAUUUUUAUGUUGGGCAUUUAUUAAUUAAACAUAAACUAAGAAAAAAAGUUGAAAUUAAAUGCGUCGAUUUCAAUCCUAGAUGUAAAUUUUGUGAUUCGAAUUAUAGAGAUAUUUUAUCAUAUAACACCCAUUUACGUAAAUAUCAUAGAAACGAAAUAACAAAAAAACAAAACAAUAAAUUGAUAUUACCUCCAAAUAAAUAUUAUCGGAAAAUUUCAAACGCUAGAACGUCGAAGUGUACAAAAGAAACUAACUUACCAAUAAUAAAUAAUUAUUCAAAAGAUCGCAUUAAUAAGUUAAUUAAGAAUGAAAUGAAUGAAGUUCGUAUAAUGGCUUUAAAAGUAAUUCUUUUUAAAUGCCUUCAUUGUGAGUUACAUUUUUUAACAUCUGAAGAUGCUAAGAGUCAUUCUAAGCACGCAUUGUCUAUAAUUGGAACCUGGAAAUGCUUAAAAUGUCAAAAUACAUUUAAACAAAAUGACAAGACUCUUCACCAAAAACAACACAUCUAUUCGAAUUAUUUUAGCGUAGUAAAAGUAAAUGAUGCCUGUCCAGGUAAAAUGUAUCAAAUCUCUAAAAGUGAUGUAACUUUUAAGAAAGGAAUCAUUUCAAAUCACCAUUCUAUUUGUGAAUCUCAGAACACAAAACAAUCUCAAUCGUCAAUUCAAUUGGGAAAAUAUAUAAUGCAUUAUUAUUUUUGUUCUGUUUGUAAAUGCUAUUUACCGACAUAUGUUAAUAUAGAAGUUCAUCGUAAAUCUAAUUGCACACGUUUAAAAAAACACGUUUGCGAAUUCUGUGGACUUACGUUUAGCUACAAGUCUUUAAAUUUUCAUAGAAAAUUACAUAUAAGAUAUAAUUUAAAACUGCAAGAUUUUACAUUUUUCAAUUUAACAUUCUCUUCGCGUUCUAAACAAAUAAAACCUAAAAUGCCUGAUUUUCCAAAGUGCGUAUCUUGUGAAACGCAUUUCAUUUAUAAACAUGAAGUUAUGAAUCAUGUAUGCGAAAAAGUUAACAGCCUAACAUGUCCAGAUUGCAAAAUGAUAUUCACUGAAUCAGCUUACACAUUACAUGAACAGUAUCAUGGUUAUAAAUUAAAUGAAAACGAAGUUCAGUCGACAAAUCUUUUAGGUUCAAACAAUAUUAUUCGUAAGAUAUCAGCAGUAAUGAAAGAUACUUCACGUCCAAAAUAUAAUUCUGGGGAUAAAAUUCAGUAUCUUUAUACGUGUAAAAAUUGUGAUGUAUCUAUGAAUGUAUAUGAUGAAGUGAUAGAACACUGUCAAUCACAUACUCACCUUAAUAAAUUAGAAGUAGAUGAAGUUCAUUGUAGAAUAUGCAAUCUAACUUUUAUGACGUCGAGCUUUAAACAACAUAAAAAGUUACAUUUAAUUUUUAGAAAGCACCAGCUCAAAUAUUUGUCAUUUGAUGUAUUCAAUUUCAAUUCUAAUAAUGACGAGUGGCUCGAUCAUUUGUUCGGUACGGUCGAUAAAAAUACAAUAAACAAAAUUAUCGAAAAUUCCAUAUACAAAUAUGAGAAUCGAGUAAAAAUGGAGGUUAUACAAAAUGGUCCACCCGCAUUAACAUUUUUCAAAUGUGACAAAUGUAAGUCUUAUGCAAGUAGUAGUUCUAUUUACAAACAUAUAGAGGAUUGUAAUAUCCAUUCUGAAAUAUUUUAUUGUAAAACAUGUGACAUACCAUUUGUAAACAACAUUUCAAAAAUUGAACAUGAAAAAGAACAUUUUAAAAUUAAUUUGUCUUUAUGUAGAAUUGUUACUUUUAAUCGAGAAAAAGAUAAAGUUUUCAACGAAAAUAUAUCGAAGAUGAAAUAUUACGUUUUAUAUCAAUGUAGAUAUUGUCAUGUUGUUCUGGAAAAGAAAAAUUGUUUUAUUAGCCACAAAUGUAACUCACAUAAAUGUAAUAAUUGUAAUAUAUGCGGAUUACUUAUUUACGAAAGAGAUUAUGUUAAGCAUUUAUUUAAACAUAAAGUAUUUAAUAGUUUUAAUAAAAAAGUUAUGAAAGUAGUUUUGAUUGGCAAUAAAGUUGCAAAUAAACAUGAAACAAGAACAAAUAGUCCAAUAUCUAAGUUUAGUGGAAUGGUAUGCGAUUAUACGUUUUACAAAUGUGUUAAAUGUGACGUUUGCAUAAGAGACCAACGCAGUACAAUGCGACACUAUUGUUUAAUUGACGCUGCUAAAUCCAAGUGUCCCCGAUGUGGCUUGAUAUUUGACGAAGGAAAACUUAAAGGUCAUCUGAAAUUGCACGACACUGACCCGGACAUUUCAAGAGAUACCAUAAUGAUACAAGAGUUUGGAUAUAAUAAAUCAAAUAUCGAAGAGUUAUGUCUAUCUACAAACGUUGAAAUUGAAGCAAAUGAUCAUUUAGUAAAUAAUCUUGUUUCGAAUGCUGACGGUGAUGAACGCACUUCCGAAAGAAAUGAUUUUAUUCCAAUAGCAGAAACUAUAGUAAAUCUUUACAAGUGCUAUUGUGGUUUACAUUUUAUAAACGAAAUAGAAAUAAAGGAACAUAUAAAAAAGUGCUCUGGUUUCAAUAAAGGUAAACAAAGUAGACAGGAUUGUUUCAAGUGUGGACUUAUAUUCACUCCAAAUGUUUUAUUUAAACACUUAUUGGAACAUCAUGGGGGUAAAACGAAAACAUUUAAAUAUGAAAUAAUUGAUUAUUUUAAUCAAUUUGUACCGAUACUCUAGCCAUUAUGUUAUAAGUAUGAUGAAAUACUAAAAUUUCCACAGCUGAUCACCAAUUUUUGUUAAUUUCGUUUCCUUUUGAUUCUAAAUCGAAUGUUGUUAAAGAACAAGAUUUUUCUAGAUUUUACCAGUAUACAACAAACUAAUGUAUAUAUAUAAUUAAAAGAAAUAAAUUAGUUCCUACUCAUCACGAUAACUAACGUAAACUUUCACCUCGCAAAACUAAUGGCGAGUUAACUAAACAAAGUAUGUUUCUUGUAAUUGUAUUGAAUUAACAGUUAAGUGAUACAUAAUUUAACUAUCCGUAUCCAUUCGACAUC